GAAGAUGGCGGCGCUAGGGGAACCUGUGCGGCUGGAGAGGGAUAUUUGCAGAGCAAUUGAAUUGUUGGAAAAACUACAGAGGAGUGGAGAGGUACCACCACAGAAACUUCAGGCUUUGCAAAGAGUUCUUCAAAGUGAGUUCUGCAAUGCUGUAAGAGAGGUAUAUGAACAUGUCUAUGAGACGGUGGACAUCAGUAGCAGUCCUGAAGUGAGAGCUAAUGCAACUGCAAAGGCUACAGUCGCUGCAUUUGCUGCCAGCGAAGGACAUUCUCAUCCUCGAGUUGUUGAGCUACCGAAAACAGAAGAGGGCCUUGGAUUCAAUAUUAUGGGAGGCAAAGAGCAAAACUCUCCAAUCUAUAUAUCUCGAAUAAUUCCAGGUGGAAUUGCUGAUAGACAUGGGGGUCUCAAACGAGGAGAUCAGCUCCUUUCUGUUAAUGGAGUGAGCGUUGAAGGAGAACACCAUGAAAAAGCUGUAGAGCUGCUGAAAGCCGCUCAAGGGAAGGUGAAGUUAGUGGUGCGAUAUACACCCAAAGUCUUAGAAGAAAUGGAGUCACGCUUUGAAAAAAUGAGAUCAGCAAAACGCAGGCAACAGACCUAAUGCACUUCAAAACUUUAUAUUCUACUUUGCUUUUAGCUAGACAAGUUUUGCUUGUGACCUACUGUUGGCUGCAAUGCCAGUGAUUAUAAAAAACAAAUGAAAACUUCCCAUGAAUCCUCCCUGCCAUUUUAUAAAUGCCUAUUUUAACAUCAUGUAUGGUUCCACAGAUACAUAUACUUUUUUCUGAUAAGAAAAAGUAAAAGGUGAUGAGGGCAGUUCUGUCCUGCUGUUUUUACAGGCCUUUUUCAAAUCCAGAUUUUGUCAUAAAGUUGUUAUAGAUUUUUAAAAAUGCUUUUUUAAUAUUAAAAUGUACUUUUACAUUCUUAAUCUUUUUUUAAAAAAAGCUUUCUUCAUUUGGCUGCUUAUUUAAAAAUAACAGUUCUUCAAUUUUUUCUUUGCUUACUCUCUAUUUUUUACCUGUGCAAUUUCUUUAUGGUUUUCCAGGAAAUUAGACAUAAAGUCUUAGCUACAGCAGAUCAUUACACUGUCAAUGUUAACAUCACGGCUGCAUUUUGUAUUUUUGAACACACACAUAGUAUAUGUAAUCAAUGGUAAAUCAUAGCACAGUGGAAGUUUUUUACUUUUAUUUAAACAUUAUAAUGAAGAUUCAUUUAUACUGAUUUAUAAAAGUAAGUUUUUAAACACUGAAACAAUCAUUGCUAAAAUAUGUAUUCUUUCAUAAUAAUAGAGCAGUGAAGUAAGAGGAUGUAAUUUGAUUGUUAGCAUUCCUAAUUACAUCCCUUUCUAUCUAUUUAUAGUCAGUAAUAACAUUGUAAAUUGCAAAUGCAUAAACAAGUUCAGAUUUCACCUUUUUCAAUUUUUUUUUAAUGCUAUUCA